UUAUUUUUUAUUGAGGGAGGCUUUAUGAGGCCAGGAAAGCAGACUCCUCCUGCUUUAUACUGGUUUAUACUGGUGCGCUGAUGGACGCAGAGGGACGUGGAUCGCGGCCAAUGAUGUGUGAGCAGAGGACCUAAAGUCAGCAGAGCUUUCAGCCUCACAGGCCGGGCAGGGCUGCAGAGGGACGGAGGGAGGAUGGUGCUACAGAGUAUUAUGAAGCACCGCGGGGUUUAGUCCAUCCGAGCCUCUUCAUCUGGUCCAUUCAGCUGGUCUGACGCGCUUCAGACCAGUGAAUCAACUAUCUGAUAAACAGCUUGUCUCAGAAAUGACAGCGACACAGAGGCUGAGGUUGAGGAGAAACUAAACCCACCUCCACACCCUGAUGUUCUCAGCUGGAGGCUGCUGGAGGACACGGUGCUUCCGGCCGCAGGCAGCUCAGGAGGACGCUGGUACCCGAGUGUCGCUGCGUGAUCGGGCUGCGGAGGCGCGUGCGGUAUGGGCUGCGCUCCCAGCAUCCACGUCUCUCAGAGCGGAGUGAUCUACUGCCGAGACUCGGACGAGUCCAACUCCCCCCAUCAGACCACCACCAUCUCCCAAAGCACCGCGGCCACGCUCCACGGGCUCUUCAUCAAGAGCGAUGCGGCGGAGACCAUCCCGUCCGUCCUCACCUACCAGAGCCGACACUCGCGCAACAACUCCAGCCGGGAUCGGAGGGACAACGGCCGGGGACACGUCCGGAUCGAGGCCGAGACGCAGACCAGCCACACCAGCGUCAAGGUUUCAGCCACAGAAGAAUGUGUAGGCCCGAUGAGACUGACUAAAGAGCCGAUUCAGGUGUUGCUAGUGUUCGCUAAGGAGGACAGUCAAAGCGAUGCCUUCUGGUGGGCCUGCGACCGUGCUGGCUUCAGGUGUAACAUAGCACGAACACCAGAAUCUGCUGUUGAGUGUUUCCUGGACAAGCACCAUGAAAUCAUCGUCAUUGAUGGACGUCACUCACGCUACUUCGAGCCUGAAAGUGUGUGCCGGAUGAUACGUGCCACAAAACCAUCGGAAAACACAGUCAUCCUAGCUGUUGUGCCACAGAAACUGUCUGACCAAGAGGAGCCAUCUGUUCUUCCUCUCCUGUGUGCUGGAUUUAGCAGAAGGUUUGUGGAGAACAGCAGUGUGUCAGUGUGUUAUAAUGAGCUCAUUCAGAUUGAGCAUGGAGAGGUGCGCUGCCAAUUUAAACUCAGGGCUUGCAACUCUGUCUUCACUGCAUUGGAGCACUGCCAAGAACCUGUUGAGAUCACCAGUGAGGAUCACAUAAUUCAGUAUGUGAACCCAGCAUUUGAAAAGAUGAUGGGUUACCACAGGGGGGAGCUGAUUGGGAAGGAACUGAAUGAACUUUCAAAAAGUGACAAGAACCGAGCUGACCUGCUGGACACAAUCAACACCUGCAUCAAAAAAGGAAAAGAAUGGCAGGGCAUUUACUUUGCCAAAAAGAAGUCUGGUGACAACUUACAGCAGCAGGUGAAGAUAAUGCCUGUAAUCGGGCAAGGAGGAAAAAUCCGACAUUAUGUUGCCAUCAAGAAACCUCACACCGACAACAACAAUCAGAUCCACAGGUUGAACAUGGAGGACAAAUGCAGUGGGGACCAUUCUCAGUCAGCUCCAAGUUUACAGAACAGAAGAUAUUCAUCUGUCGCCAGGAUUCAUUCAAUGACCAUUGAGGCUCCAAUCACUAAGUUUGUCUUUGCUGCUUUUUUUCAGAGCUGUCUGGACCAGCUGGAUGAGAUGGCAGCGUUGAUAGCUGCCACAGUCCAUGAUGUGGACCACCCAGGCAGGACAAACUCCUUCCUGUGUAAUGCAGGAAGUGAACUGGCCAUCCUUUACAACGACACAGCCGUGCUGGAAAGCCACCACGCUGCCCUCGCCUUCCAGCUCACCGUUCGAGACAGCAAGAGCAACAUCUUUAAGAACAUUGACAGGAAUCAGUUCAGGACACUUCGCCAGGCCGUCAUCGACAUGGUGUUGGCCACAGAGAUGACCAGGCACUUUGAGCACGUCAGCAAGUUUGUCAACAGCAUCAACAAGCCUCCAGCUGCCAUCGAAGAGACCAGCACAAGUAGCAUGAGCAACGACUACGAGUGUCAGAACAACAUCAGAAACUCUCCGGAGAACCGUCUGCUGAUAAAGAGGAUGCUUAUUAAGUGUGCAGAUGUGGCAAACCCCUGCAGACCCCUUGAGCUGUGCAUCGAGUGGGCUGGACGCAUCUCUGAGGAGUACUUUGCCCAGACAGAUGAGGAGAAGCGGCAGGGCCUGCCUGUAGUGAUGCCUGUGUUUGACAGGAACACAUGCAGUGUACCCAAAUCUCAAAUUUCCUUCAUAGACUACUUCAUCACAGAUAUGUUUGAUGCCUGGGAUGCUUUUGCCAGCCUCCCUAACCUGAUCGAGCACCUGUCAGAGAACUACAACUACUGGAAGAACUUGGACGAGAUGAAGUGUAAAAGCCUGCGUCCUCCUCCUACGUCUUGACCUCCAGCACUCGGAUCAGAGUUGGACACAGCAUCAGCCCUGCAUUGGAACAAUUAGUACUUUCAGCUGUGAUUUCACAAUGUGUUCUCUCAGCGAAUCCUGGAUACAGCCAGAAAAACAAGGCAACUGGGAGAAAAUCCAUCAAUUACCAAAUCCCAGCAACUAGUGUUAUGGGUUUUUAGCUGGAUGUAGUAUUGUCAGUGGGAGAAGGCUCCAUCGAUUGCCAGGGUCCUCCUGUUGGCCCUGUGAAAGUCUUUCUGAAACUGUGUGAGCCUCACCAAACAGUGUAACAAACCCAAAACCUGCACUUUAAUCUCAA